GGCGCAACAGAACGCUCCUCAGUGCUCCGUGCGCUGUCAACCCGUCGCAAUCCAAUUACUCCUAACCUCACUCUUUUUACGCUCCAGGAUUGUUUACAUCCGUUUUUGCGUCGAACUAUUUCCUCGCGCCGCGCGUCCUCAAUACGCCGCUAUCGGCCAGUGCGCGACCGUGUUUAAUUCCCCGCUGUCGUGUUUUUGUGCGGCUUUCGUCGUGUCACUCCCGAAUUCCGCCGGGAGAAGUGGCUUGUGUCUGUGACGUAGUUCGCGGGCGGCCGGGGGUGUGAAGUUAUUGCGUAACCUUACCUGCUUCCUGCUCGGCGCGCCAAUCGAUCAUCCCCGUUUAUCAUCCCCCUUCAUCCCCCGCCCGUCUUCGCGCGCCGCUCAAGUCGUUCCCGGAAGUUCCGCUUUCCGUCUAUGGAACUUGUGCUUCGCGGAAAGUGGAUGUCACCCGCGGAGUUUACCUACUGCUAACUUGGAAUCAAAGUUGCUGGGACCAAGGUUCAUAUCUCUGUCCCACCUAAACGUGUUACCGUGAACUCAGCAUCGGCGCGGGUUUGACGCGGGUUUGAAAUGUGACGUGUCAAAAUGGAGUUGAUCGGUGAGAACGAGAAGUGCGUAGCCUCGAAGUGCAGAGAGGUGGAAGGGGCGGCAGGGACAACCGUCGACAACCCGAGUGCCACCGAGGACGUCUGGGAAAUCGUCAACCAUCUCUUGACAUCGUACAAUCAACAGAGCAAACUCAAGAACAGUUCCUCUGAAACAAGUCUCCAAGACUUCAUCGCAAAUCCCAGUCAAAACGAAGGGGUCCGCAAUGACUUUACCGCCCAGAAUGAGUCGGGCAAGGAGAAAAAAAUCCAAGAGUUGGCCCAAGAAUUUGUCCAGCAAACGACUCCCACCCUCCAAUGUCCGAUUUCAGAGCAAUUGCAGGUCAUCAACGAGGAGGAUCUUGCUGCAGUGUUGCCAGACGUCGAGGGAAGCGGGAGCCUAGAAGGUUUCGUCUCGCUUAACACUCGCAACAACGACUCCCCAUCGACUCUGAUCGAGAGUUUGGACGGGGCGUACGGUGGCGUCAGCGUGGCUCUCAACUUGUCUGGGCCCGUCCAGAUCUCAGAGGGGGCAACAGCUCCCCCUGCCCCCUCCAACGCCCAAAAUCCUCAUCAAAAUGGUGCUCAUUACUCCCCCCUCGCCACCACUGAGAGGGCAGAGAAUAUAUCAUCGUCAGAGAAUACAGACUUGAUCAACCCAUUGGCUGACAGAUGGUUAUUGAAACCGUCCCCUGGUUAUGAAUGUACACCCCUCAGCUCUGAAAUAGAUUUGUCAGAGCAGAAGUCACCAGACAGCAACUUCAGCUCUUGCAGAUCUCUCCGCAGCAGUGUUAAACGCAGGCAGAGCCAAAAUCUAGAUAGCAUCCAUUUUGAUGGGGAGCAGUCAGUGAAAAUCGACUGCUCUGUCUCCCACGUAUCGUUGGACUCGGGUUUCGGAGGCUCACCCUCUUACACUAGCUCACCCAACUCUGCUUAUUUGUAUUCGCCACUAUCCGUUGAGACCAAGUCACCAUCGUCAAGAGCAAGAGGUUACGAGCUAUGUUUCAAAAGGUCUCAGUCUUCCCCGGAACAAAACGAGAAAAUGGAUGAUACCAUGCAAGAAUCAUUAUUUACUGAACGCGAGAGUGCAGGAACAUCUCAACACUCAAAAAGAAAGGGUGGCCGUAGUAGGAAAAGCUCAGCGACCAGAAAACCAGACAUUUGCUCUCUGGUUGAGAAACUCAUCUCAAUUGAAGAGAGGAGUAAGAAGGUGGUAAAGAAAAGCCCGCAUCGGGAGCGAAUCAAGAAAGUCCGUCGCUGGUUGAAGUCAGAACGGAAAAAGAAGUAUAAAAAAGCUGUCGUGGCUGACUCCAAUGUUACCACUGAUGUAGAUAAAUUAAUCACUAAAUUUAACAGCUUUACUAUUGUGGAAAAAAAUCCUCAUUUAACCCGUGCCUCAAAUCAUAUCAUCAAAAGUAAAUUUAGUUGUAAGUGCUGCUCAGAUAAUGAUCCUGAUAGACCUUUCUCAAAAAGUAAAAAGAAAAAAUGGAGUAGUCGAAGAAAGGACACUUCCUCAGAGCAGAGAACGGCGAAACAUUUGCUGUUAGGCAAGAAGAAGAUGAAAAAAAAUAUUGAUCUUAGGAAUGAAAAAUACGACAGAAGAUUACCGCUCAAAAAACGCCUCUAUCGAAUAGCAGCUAACUCCUGUACUAAAACGGAUUCUGCGGGAAUUGCAACUGAUGUUGCUCAAGACAUCAAUGGGAAAACUAUCUCUCCAACUAUACCAGUACCUGAAGAAAACAAAGAAAUUUCUUGUCAAUCGUCCUCAGAGAAUAGUGAUGAGACAAGAAUAAUUCCAGUAACUCCAAAAAAGCGAUUCCAGAACAAACGCCAAAAUGUGCCCAACAGCGAGACAUUUUCAAUCUCUCCUCCUCUAAGAAGUGGUAGUCAAUGCAACGAUAUGAUUACACACAGUCAAGUCCAAGUUGAUCUAAGUACUUGUAAGCAAACUUUACAAGUAAAACUGUCCAAAAUUUCAGAUGAAAUAUGCAAAAAAAUGAAAUCCGUCACAUUACUUCCUUCAAAUGAUCUCAAAGUUUCUAGCUCGUCUUCGAAAGAUCUCAAUAAAGUCUCGAAGCAUCGGAGAAACAUCCCUUCAGCGGAGCAAUCAAACCUGAACUUAGAAGUAAAAUUCGACCCCAUUCAAAACUUAACCAAAGAUCUCAACAAAUGUGGGACUAUUGAUGAUACAGAAACUUAUUCACCAAAAACUGAAGAAAAACAAGUGUCCAUACCAAAAGCAGAUAGCGAUGAUAAUUGCAGCAUUGAUCAGAAUGAUCAGGCCACACAAUUUAUUAGAAAGACUACAUCCGUAUCAAAUGAUUGUCAUACUGUCCCUAUUGAGAGUGUCACCUCUUCUAAAAAUAGGAAAAAAAGGAAACGAACUAUUAAUAGAACUGGAUUCCCAACUAAAAAGAAAAAGAAAAAAAGUAACACUUCUAAUGAAACCAACGUUAAAGAAAAAACUUUGUCUACAAAGCUUCAUAUUGGAAGUAAAGAUCCAGUUUGUCACGGAGAAACCAUAGUUUUAACUCCAUUGACAACAGACAAAAUUAAACAUUUUCCAUCUACUUCUAAAUUCUUUCCACAGCCCUCAUGUUUCGUCGAGAAUGGAAGUAACCUGGUGAAUGGUCAACAUGUUGUUCCAAAUUCAGGCGAAGAAAAUGUAAGUUUCCUAGGGACUACUCUUCAUCAGCAAAUUAAUCCUUCGACUCAAAACCGAAGAGUUUCUUUGAGAGCCCGCCCCAGGCAAAGGAGGGAUAGUCUCUUGUUAGCUGAAGCUAACAAGAAAAGCUGUGAUAAAAAAACCAAACAUGAAACACGUCUGCAAGAUUUUCAUAAAUUAAUGGAAAGGAGUAAAUUAAUUAUCGCAGAAAAGAAGUAUCUAGAAGCUGGACUCUUCUCUGAUCAGUUUAAAAUCAAUGAUGUUGAGAUUGACAGUUGUUGUGAGCAGAAGAACUGUGAGCUGGAUGUCAGCAGUUUGCCAUCUCUUUCAUACUAUGCAGAAAGGGUACGACAAAAAACUGACUUCACCCUUCCCUUUGAUGUUUGGGCGUCUCACAGAGCUCCCAAAACACUCACAAGAAUCAAGUCCAACAGAAAUGAAUACAGCAAAGAGUGUGAUGAUUCAGGGAGUGGUUCUGAUUUAAAUGAAGAUAUGUCAGAUACUUUUGAUGGAAGCAAUCCGUCGUUUUCCUUCUUUCUACCCAGAAAACUUCAUGCCUUUGGCAGUGAAGGUCGAACCACCACACUACUCACAGAUGAACAAUCAAAAUUCAUUCGUGCAAAUUCAUGUUUCCUGAUUCGUAACUUAAUCAAAGUUCAAGCAAUUGUUGUUGACAAAAACAAUAGUGCUUCAUCAAACAGAGGCAAUGAAUUAAAAUUAAACAUAAAAUCUGACGCAAGCACCAAAAAAUUGGAAACAAUUUCACAAACUUUGCAAUCAUUCCAAAAACUGAAGGAGACAUCAAAAGAAAUUAAUAAUCUACAACAGGACGCCUCCAUGGAAUCAAAAGAAUGUAACAGAAACUUGCUCAGUGAGGAAAAAUCAAAGUUGAAGUUUGAAAAUAGUGCUUCUUGUAACUGUAGUUCACAGUUUGUUGAAAAUCAUACCAGCUCACGAAGGACCCAAAGCAGUCGGAAACUUUUCUCAGGCAAUGAUGCUAAUAAAUCUUGUUCUCAGAUUUUGGUCUCUGGAACUCCAGAAACAUCCAUUGAAGUAGGUCUCACUCAGAUGGGAAAUGGCCAAAAGUACUUUAAAGCACUAACUUCAGAAAAUUUUAUCAUACAAACAGGAGAGAAUGUUUACAUAACAAAAGACAAUUCUGAGCUCAAACUUGAUGAAACUGUAGCAACAUCUAUUUUUGGAAGGGCUGAUUGUAAUGUAUUUCACAUAGAGCGGCUUUGGCGAGACGAAAACAACGAUGGUUAUGCAUUUGGUUACUACUUCCUGCGACCACAUGAAACUUUUCACGAACCAAGUCGGCGAUUCUUCCCCAACGAACUUAUGAAGUCGCCCCUAUGUGAAACAAUCCCUAUCAGUAGAAUUGUGGGUCACUGUCAUGUGCUGAACUUGAGCUCGUACUGCAGGGAAAAGCCCGCCUCAGCAGACUUGGACCACAUCUUCAUUUGUGAAUACCGAGUGGACAAAGGAGCUAAAACAUUCUCCCGAAUACCGAAGCGCAAAGCUUGCUUCAGUUCAGAUGAAACGACCGAAUUCCAUCUGCCUCCAUUGAAACCUGUCCGAAAUUUUAAGCCGUACGAUGCUACAAGCAACUUUAGAAAGAUUAAAAAACAACACAAAACUCUGAAGCACACUGAUACCAAUGAAAUAUCUGGCGUCCAUUAUGUGGGUGGUUCACACAGGAGUACAUCUCUGGCAAACUACUCAACUGAUAAGAUAGAUGAACGAACUCAACAGCAACAACCUCACAGUAUUACCUCUAAGAUUUCUAGGACAGAGGACUAUGCAUUCUAGUUACAUUCUGUAUCCACCCGGUUAUAUUCUAGUCAAAAUAUCAAAAGCCACAAGCCUAAACAGUCAUGGACAUUUCAUACAUUUUAUUCUUUUUGUUUGUUCUUCCCGAACAACACUUCAACUUCUCUACGUGAGACCACUGAUCGAAUUCAGAGGAAACUUGGGAUGCUCUCCUCGCAUUUUACAGUAACUUCUGGAGAGUAAACAACUGUCAGAUGCUUUAGUUUUCCCACUUCAAGAUUGUUUUUUCCUUUUGAGCAUUGAGUCAGCUGCUGUUUUAUUUUUUUAUUGAAACUGACUGUUUGUUAAAAAUUUCAAAUUAUAUAUUGUUUCCAUCUGUUGAUUGAAUAAAGUUGGAUGAUUAUUUUUCAAGGUU